AGUUUAUCUCUCACAUACUGCCUUGGGGAAUAGUAGUGGGGUAGUACUUCAGAGGGGAAAUGCAGCUUUCUCCUCUCCUAACCCCACUUUAAGACCAGCCAUGCUGAUCAUCACCACUGUGGAGGUAGUGAGGCAACUUCUAACUGAGCAAGGAUGAGCUGAAAGGUGGUUUCGUUCCGCAGCAGUUUAAUUUAAAGGAGAACUUGACGGAAGCAGUCUCACAAUGUAUGCUUGAAGUAAUUUAUGGAGAACGGGAAAAGACAGAAUAUCGAAGAACUGCAUUAAGAUUAAUUAUGCAGUUCACUGAAGAAUUAGGUAAUUUUAAAUGACAGAGAUCCUUCUGAUGAUGAAGAAAUGGAAAAAUCAACCAACACAAGUAAACCAGUACAGCCUGACUCAGACUCCGGGUCCAAACCUGCUACAGCAAAGAAAAGAAAACAGCCUGUGGAAUGUUUUCUAACUCAUCCUGAGGAAAAAGAAGAACACACUGUGAAGGUGAAAAGGAGAAGGAAGAAGAAAAUGUCUGAUAUUCUUGCAGAAUCAUCUCCAAAACCAGGUGUCCCUGAAGACCUACAAAAGCUACUUAAUCAACACUUUGGUACUAAACGUUCAGUGAUUGAACUAGAAGAGUUAAAACUGCCAGAUUCGUGUUUCCUGCCAUCCAAUGACCUCACCCACAGUUUUUCUUCAUACCUGAAGGAAAUCUGUCCCAAAUGGGCAAAACUUCGAAAAAACCACAAGGAGAAGUCGUCUGUGCUGAUGCUGAUUAUCUGCAGUUCUGCUCUCCGUUGUUUGGAGCUCAUUAAGUCAGUGACGGCAUUCAAAGGAGACUGCAAAGUUAUUAAAUUGUUUGCAAAACACAUAAAGAUAAAAGAACAGCUGAACAUGCUGGAGAAUGGUGUCAUCCACCUGGGUGUAGGAACACCUGGAAGAAUAAAAGCUCUCGUAAAACAAGAUGGCCUUAGCUUGAACUCCUUGAAGUAUCUGAUUUUGGAUUGGAACUGGAGAGAUCAGAAGUUAAGGAGAAUGAUUGAUAUCCCUGAGAUAAGGAGAGAAACAAUUGACCUUCUGGAAACGGGAAUUAUAAAGCUGUGCAGAGAGGAUUCUGUGAAGCUGGGACUCUUUUAAUGGUGUAACAACAUGGAUGCAAUUUACAGCUGUAUUUCACUUAUCAUUGUCUGUAGUAGGCAACUGUUCAGUGGCUGACUGGAUUCAGUUCUUUCAUUUCUAAGAUGCUUAGCAGAAAUGCGUAUUACAAUAUUUGUCAGCUUCUGGCCCUCUUAUAAUAAAGCAAAAUUUUGCAUGUAGAUUCUGUACCAGGGAUUGUUAUUGCCUGAACAGUAUGAUACUGAAAUUAGAUGUAUGUUGCAUGUAAAACAGUAGUUGUGGGUUCUCUACUACCCUUAGGACACUGAGGAUGAGUGCACUUGUCCUGAGUGAAUCCCACAGCCACUCUUCUUCUGUCCCCUCCUUUCACUUUUCCAAAAGGACACCUUCACUCCCCCUCUAGGAGUGAUAGAAGACAGCCCGUGCCAGUUCUGAGCACCUCUGGCCUAGAAAUUCCCAACCCUCACUGUUGCUGCUUCCUAGCAUGCAGAAGGCAUCUGGCCAUUACAGAGACUGGUCCAGAGUUAGUCAAGAAGUUUUAGCCAUAUCGCUCCUUUAGUACCUUAUGUAGCUACCCCCACAGUGUGUUGAUGAGUUAGAGCUCUCUUGUCCUCCACAAACCCUGUCACUACAUUAUAUCAUAAAGAUGCGUGCUGGAAGAUAACAACGGCUCUUGCACUCUCACCACUGUUCAUGCUAGGGCACGAAACUUGGAAGGCUAAGUACUUCUUAAGAAAGAAAAUUACCAUGAUACCUACAGCAUAAAAAUGGUCUAAUCUUGCAACUCUUACUCAUGUGAGUGAUCCCACCAACCAGUGUUGCUAUUGUCAUGAGAUAGAAGCUGUAGAAUCAUGACCAUAUCUGCCGCUGACAAAUCAUGUGAUAUGUAAUGACAACUGGCAAAAUUUGCUGAAUACUAUUCAACCACGCUGCACAUCAAAGUUAGUGCCUGUUAGUAGGUACUGUGUUGCUGUAGGGACCAUCUUUCAAAUAGACACAAAACUGAAGCCCUGACCACUUGUGGUGAGUAAAAAUCCUAUAGCCUUUUUCAUGAGGUUUAUCUGGUUUCCAUAUUAUCAGCAAAUAAAGAAUUUGUUACUAGAA